AUGGCGGAUUCCGUCGAGCGUCGCCUCCUGAUCACCUUCGCCCUGAUACUCUGUUUCAUCCUCUGCUCCUCGGUCCUCCUCCUCCGACAUCCUUCCGACGUCCCUCAGAACCCCCCGCCGCCGCUCGUGCUUCCACCCGACGUCGACCCCACAGCCGCCAAGAUCGCCGAGGCUCUCCACUCCCGUGGCAACUACUCCUCCAUGAUCCCAGAGCUCAUAUCCAAAUUCAACCCUGACUGCCUCAGCGGCGGCGGCGGCGUUACCAUCUUCGUCCCGACGGACCAGUCCGAAUACCACGUGUGCGGAUCGGAGAGACCCGGGGUCCGGAUCGUGAGGUCGAGGGUGGACCGGGCGGCAUUCGGGUCGUCGGGCGGGCUAACCAACGGGUCGGUGCUGGAAACGUGGUGCGACGGCGGGGGCGAGAUUCGGGUCGAGGAAUCGGCGGCGGCCGAGAAGGGGUACCUGCACGCGGAGGUCGUGGAUUGGAAUCUGUACGACGGCGACGGCGGCCGUGUGAUCGUGCACGGGAUCGACGGGGAGCUGAGAUCCCACAACCUCGUGGCGGCGGUCGGGAAGUUUGCUGUCUCGGGUCUGGUGAAGCCGAGGAGGAAGGACGCCGCCGGCGAUGAGUUGGAGAGUCUUUGCCGGGGUCCGUGGCAGGAUCAAGUAAUGGCGCCGAGGACGGUGGACGGGUACAGAGAGGCGUUUAUUCGGAGAGUGGAUGGCCUCCCGGUGCCGCUGUGGGGGAUGUAA